AUGGAUACUGAGAAGAAACCCGAGGUGGAUGAGGAUGCAGACGGGCACGGGACGGCAGAAGGCGCGAGAGGGACGCCAUCCCCUGGGGACUGCGGGCCUCUGGCUGAGGGCAGAGAGCCCCCCGAGACUUGCUCAGGCAAGAGGGGCUUUUCCGAAGCGGCCGGCACGGACAGCGCUGCUGUGGAGGAAGACGGCCAGACGCACGCUGCCAAGCGAAGGCGAUUAGCCCCGGGAGAGCCGCGUGGCCCCGAGGAGCAGGUCGUCGGUGGCCUGGGGGUGGCCCCGGGCACAGCUGAGAGCGAGCCCACGCCCUUCCCUGACGCCUGUUCUGGCGGGCGCCCGGGCCCUGCCGGUGCCUUGUCCCCUCCCUGCGGCCUGAGCUCCGCCGAUGCUGUUCCUCCGCCAGCAGACGCCGAACCGAAGCCUGCUGAGGAGACGGGGCCCCUGGACCCAGGGGGAGAGCCCCCGGCCCCCCCGGGAGAGGCGCGUGGGGGAUGUGCCACUGGGCACGGAGAUCCGGCCCUCGCGUGUAGCACGUGUGGCCAUUUGUUGUCGUCCUGCUGUGACGUGGCCGGGCACGCAGACUGUCCUGAGCCGCUGCCCAGGGGGCGAGCCUGCUGCCGCUGUGGCCCCCCGGACAGGCAGACCCCCGCGCCCCAGAAAGCCUUUGCUUGUGACCUGUGUGGCUUUCAGUGUGUCGAGGAGAACCUACUGAACGCACACUACCUUGGCAAGACACAUCUCCGGCGCCAGAAGCUUGUUGCUCGGGGAGGAUUUGUGCAGAUCUUAACAAAACAGCCGUUUCCAAAAAAACCCUGUGCCAUAGGGACAAAGACUCUUCGUACAAAGCCAAGAGCUCUGAAACCACUAGCAAAGAGCGGAGAGUCAGAAGCUUUGCACAGUGAAGCCCGGGGAGGAAGCCUGCAGGCACCCGGCGGAGGGGGUGGCCAGCAGCGUGUGGACACACAGCCCAUGCAGAGCGCCUUGUCAGACAAGGCCGAGGUUGCUGGGGAAGCCCUAACUCCCCCCGGCGUGGCCGCAGACCCUGAAACCCACAGCACACACUCAGGUGCUUUCGCAACCGAGGGUCUUUCGGCCGAUGCGGAGCCUAGAAAAAGCCCUUCGCAGGCCGUUCCCAGCCAUAGCUCUACCCCGCGGCCGAGACCCGAGCGCAGCCUUCUCACCCUGGGGAGCAGACUCCGGAGGCGGAGCGGCACUUUUUCCCUCAAAGGCCAGGCGAAAAAAAGGUUCGGUCUCUUGGGAAUCAGUAAAAGAGGCACCAGUGAGGCCCAGAGGAUGUAUCUGAAACACUUCAGGACACAGAUCAAAGCAAGCGGCGCACAGCUCGUCCCCCCUCAUCCCGAGGCAGGGGGCAGCGUCCGCGGUCUGUGCGUGGCCUCCGCCGAGGCCCAGGACCCAAAGCAGGACACACGAAGCUCCCAUCUCCCGUGUUCCUUGGACUCUGUGACAGCACGGCCAGCUUCUGACCACCAGAUGUCGUGUGCUUGUACAGACUGUGGCCAGAUAACCGUGGACAGGACUGAACUGGAGGUCCAUAUGAAAAGGUGCCACGCAAGGGACAUGGCGUUUUCCUGCCAGGCUUGUGGCUUUUCCUGCAUGUCCCAGAGGGACUUGGAUGAACAUUUGCACAGUAGCCAGCAUCAGCAAACUGCCUCUGCGUUCAGUUGUCAGUGUUGUUCAUUUAUCUCCUUGAAUGAAACAAAUCUUCGAGACCACAUGAAGGAAGAGCACAGCAUGGGUUUUCUCUGCAUUCCUUGUAACCUGUUUUUCUUGUCGGAGAAAGACAUGGACGAACACAGAACUACUGAGAAGCACCUUCAGGCGUUGGUCCCGACAAAGCCUUCUCAAGCACUUGGAAACGAUUUGGCUUUGCAGACUUUGCCUUUGGGCACUUUAGAAUCAGAAAGCGCUCAGGAGUCUCCGAGGGGGUCGGGAAAAACCGCUCAGGAGGAGCGUGGGAAGCCCAGGGUGAGCCAGGCCGGCGACGCGCGGCAUUCGAGCAGGCCGCAGUUCCAGUGCAAGAAGUGUUUCUAUAAAACAAGGUCGUCCACUGUGCUCACCAGACACAUAAAGCUCCGUCAUGGGCAGGACUAUCACUUUCUUUGUAAAGCCUGCAACCUUUAUUCACUGAGCAAAGAGGGAAUGGAGAAACACAUCAAGAGGAGCAAGCAUCUCGAAAACGCCAAGAAGAACAACAUUGGCUUAAGUUUCGAAGAAUGCAUCGACAGGGUAUGGAUUGGCGCAAAUGACAAAAAGGAAGAGUCAAGUACUUCUGGCAGUGGGAGGCUGGGCUGCCCUGGAGAUGCCGUUCAGUCGCAGGAGCAUCCCUGUCCCGAGAAGAGCACGCGGACUAGCAGGGAACUGUCCCAGUCAGUCACGGCCGUCAGAGACGAGGAAUUGGCUUUGGACACCGCUCCAAAAAGAGGCAGGCCCAAAGGCAGUAUGUCCCGGACAUGUUCACAUUGCGGUCUUUUGGCCUCCAGCAUCACAAACUUGACUGUCCACAUUAGACGAAAACACAGUCACCAGUACAGUUACCUGUGCAAAGUGUGUAAGUAUUACACCGUGACCAAAGGGGAUAUGGAGCGUCACUGCGCUACCAAGAAACACAAAGGCCGCGUCGAAGUCGAAGCAAGUGGGAAACAGAGUUCCGAUAUCAUCGUUGGCCCUGAGGCGGGGAAGCUGGAGGCCUGGAGUAGGAACGCCAGUUCUGCAGUGUCCCUUCCAGAUGAACUUGCCAACCAGGCAGCCGCAUCAGACCCCGCCCUUUCAGAGAAGCCAGCAGGAGAGCAAGGGACUUCAGCUGAAGUCGAGGUUGAAAAUGUGUUUCCUUCUGUUGACGGGGCUGCCAAUAGUCACGCCGCUGAUAAGAGGGAACAGACAUCGCUAGAGCCAGAUGACCUUACCCCGCACGGGGAUGCGGGUGCCCAGAGAGAUGUUGCGGGUACAGGUGAUAAUAAGUGCGUACACUGUGACUUCAACACCCACUCCUGUGCUUCUCUAGAACUGCACAUCAAGCGGAAGCACACUAAGGAGUUUGCGUUUUACUGCAUGGCAUGUGAUUACUAUGCUGUGACCCGUCGAGAGAUGAUGAGACAUGCGGCUACAGAGAAGCACAAGCUGAAGCGGCAGGCCUACCUGGACUCUUCCGGCAGCGAGGGCGGCCCCACAGAAGGGGCCAGUGGCAUCCUCCUGCCCGAGUUGCAGCAUCACCACCACUGUGAGGAGGUCCAAGUAAUUGCAGACCCACAACCCGAGACUCUCCACUCUGGCACUGCUGCAGAUCCUUCUGUUUCAGAGGAGAACGAUAAUUCAGACGUGCCCACUGUUCUCUGUGCGUCUCUCUCUGCAGAAGUGGCGACUCCAGGAGAGUCUCACCUUAGUGAAGACCAGCCCUUCUCUGAAACUCUCCAGCCUCCCCUGGUCAGAGAUAAAAUGAUCAACGCUGGGGAGAUGCUGUCUCUCCAGACUUCCUCCGAUCUUGGCUCCUCAGGCAAACUUCAGAAGGAGAACCCAGGAGGUUCAGCUUUGAGUGAGGAGACAGCCAAGAGAAACCACCACGUGUCAGAUGACACUGAUGAUCUUGCUGUGCACUGUGAAGCCGAUGGGGCAGGUCUGGGAGACGGUGGAGACACGGCCGCUCGGAAGCAUGGCUCUGCGGGGGUUUUGGAGCGGGGCCGUUCGGCCGGAAGUGCCAGCCCCACCGCCGUGAGAACUGUAGUUGAAGAGGUGUGCCUGCAGAGCGACGAUCAGAACAAAGUUGGGCGUGUUCAAAGUUCAGAAGCUUCGAAGACUACACAAGAGAGCCCUGCCCCAGAAAAUAAGGAGGUUCUCUUGAGUUCCCAGCAGGAAAAUAAGAUGGUUUUUGAGGAGGAUGGCCCUGCUUCUGACAGCAGGCUAGCAAGUGGUGAUGUGUAUGAAACCAUAAUCAGUAUUGAUGAGAAAGGUCAGACCAUGUACGGCUUUGGCCGGUUUGAUUCUUCCAUAAUCAGAAUAAAGAACCCUGAAGAUGGUGAGUUGGUAGUCCAGCCUGAAGAGGGCCUAGUAGCAACAGGAGUGAGGAUUGGGGAGCUCCCUUUCAAAGACUGUGCUCAAGGCUUGAAGAAGAAGAAAUCGGAAGGCAGUUCCUUUGGCGAAUCCACACGCAUUCGUUGUGAUGACUGCGGCUUCCUAGCGGAUGGCUUGAGCGGACUGAACGUUCACAUUGCCAUGAAGCAUCCCACCAAAGAGAAGCACUUCCACUGUCUGCUCUGCGGGAAGUCCUUCUACACCGAGAGCAACCUCCACCAGCACCUGGCCAGCGCGGGCCACCUGAGGAACGAGCAGGCCAGUGUGGAGGAGCUCCCGGAGGGAGGGGCCACGUUCAAAUGUGUCAAGUGCACGGAGCCCUUUGAUUCCGAGCAGAAUCUGUUCCUGCAUAUUAAAGGGCAGCAUGAGGAAUUGCUGCGGGAGGUGAACAAGUACAUCGUGGAGGACACGGAGCAGAUCAACCGCGAGAGGGAGGAAAACCAGGGCAACGUCUGCAAGUACUGCGGGAAGAUGUGCCGUAGCAGCAACUCCAUGGCCUUUCUCGCACACAUCCGCACUCACACAGGAUCAAAACCAUUCAAGUGCAAGAUAUGCCAUUUCGCGACAGCUCAGCUUGGCGAUGCCAGGAACCAUGUCAAAAGGCACCUUGGGAUGAGGGAAUACAAGUGUCACGUCUGUGGCGUUGCUUUUGUAAUGAAGAAGCAUUUAAAUACUCAUCUGCUUGGCAAGCAUGGAGUUGGCACCCCCAAAGAAAGGAAAUUUACAUGCCACUUAUGUGAUCGAAGUUUCACCGAGAAGUGGGCCCUGAACAACCACAUGAAGCUGCACACGGGAGAGAAGCCGUUCAAGUGCACGUGGCCCACGUGCCACUACUCCUUCCUCACGGCCUCGGCCAUGAAGGACCACUACAGGACCCACACAGGCGAGAAGUCGUUCCUGUGUGACCUGUGCGGCUUUGCGGGCGGGACCCGGCACGCCCUCACCAAGCACCGGCGGCAGCACACAGGGGAAAAGCCUUUCAAAUGUGACGAGUGUAACUUCGCCUCCACCACGCAGUCGCACCUGACCCGGCACAAGCGUGUGCACACGGGCGAGAAGCCGUACCGCUGCCCGUGGUGCGACUACAGGUCCAACUGUGCCGAGAACAUCCGCAAGCACAUUCUGCACACGGGCAAGCACGAGGGCGUCAGGAUGUACAACUGCCCCAAGUGCGACUACGGCACCAACGUCCCCGUGGAGUUCCGGAACCACCUGAAGGAGCAGCACCCCGACAUCGAGAACCCCGACCUGGCCUACCUGCAUGCAGGCAUCGUGUCCAAGUCCUACGAGUGCCGGCUCAAGGGCCAGGGCGCCACCUUCGUGGAGACGGACAGCCCCUUCACGGCGGCCGCGCUGGCGGAUGAGACCCCGGCCCGAAGCAGCCGGCGUCCAGCGGCGGCCGAGGAGGUACAGCAGCUGAUCAUCAUCCAGGGCUACGACGGCGAGUUCGCCCUGGACGCGUCGGCGGAGGACACGGCGGCCGCCACGCUGCAGACGCUGGCGCUGGCCGGCCAGGUGGCACGCGUGGUACACAUCACGGAGGAUGGGCAGGUGAUCACCGGCGGCCAGGGCAGCCCACACGGGGGCGGCGGGGCGGCCGGGGCCCUGGACAGCGGGGUCACCCAGGUGGUGGUGGUGGGCGGCGCGGUGGAGGGGCCCGGGGGGGACGCUCCCCACAGCCCGGGAGGCACCGGCGGCCAGGAGGCCGGUAAGCCCGAGCCCGGGGAGCUGGCGCCCACUGACCCGGCCUCGGCCCUGGACGCGCUGCUGUGUGCCGUCACCGAGCUGGGUGGCGCCGAGGACAAGGGCCCACCGGGCCCCAAGGACGUGCUGCAGCUGCUGCCCGGGCCAGACACGCCCCCCGGCCCACAGGACGGCCCGGCCGAGCCCCCGGAGGCGCUGAGCCCGCUGGGGCGGUCCGCGGUGCCCCCCGCCUCCCCGGGCCGCGCGCAGGCGGCCCUCAAGAAGGUGGUGCAGGGCGUGCUGCAGCUGGCCGUGUGCGGGGACGCGGCCAAGGAGGGCGUGACGCAGGUCAUCCUCAACCCCGAGGGCGCCGUGCACAUGCUGGCGCGGGAUGGGCCCCACAUCAUCGUGCAGGGGGCCCCCGCGCACCCCCAUGCCGGCCUGGCCGCCGCCGACGGUGAGAUCUCGCAGAUCAUCGUCACCGAGGAGCUGGUGCAGGCCGUGGUGCGCGAGGCGGGCGGCGGCUUCCCUGACGGCCCCACCCACUACAUCGUCACCGAGCUGCCCCCCGGCGCCCAGGACCCCGUGUUCUCGCACACCGUCAUCGAGGCGGCCGACUCGCAGGAGCUCCUGCAGGCCGGGGUGGGCCCCGGCGCCGAGCAGCUGACCAGCAUGGUCAUCUACACGCAGGACGGCGCCCCCGCGGCCACGGUGAUCCAGAGCCAAAGGGACGGCAGUGAGGCCCAGGAGGCCUGAGCGUGGCCGGCGAGGCUGCCCGGAGCGGGGACGGGCCGGGGGUCGCCCAGGGCGGGGGCACCCCUCACCAUGGCUCCUCUCGCUGCCGCUGUGCCCAGUCAGGACGGCGGCCCCGGGGUCUGGCCUGCUCCACGCCACCUCCCGGUUCCUGUUCUGCUGGGGCACCCAAGCCCCUCAGCACCGCCUCCUUCAGCUCAGGGCCGCGUGUCCCCAGGCCCCUGCAGGUUGGCCCCUCACCGUCAGCUCCGGCUGCCCCCGGGGCCUCUGGUCUGGGUCCUUCCUGCAGAGCCCGUGCGGGUGCGUCCCUGCGGCCGGCCUGGACCCGCUGGCCUUGCCGCUGUCCCAGGGUCCCCGGCGCCGUCGCUCCUCCGCGCUCCUAAGUGUAAGAUAACCCCCCCCCCCCCAAACG